AUGGAGGAACUCACGGCUUUUGUAUCCAAAUCUUUUGACCAGAAAAGCAAGGAGGGCGGCGGCGGCGGCGGCGGCGGCGGCGGCGGCGGCAAGAAGGAUUCGAUCACGUACAGGGAAGUUUUGGAAAGCGGACUGGCGCGCUCCCGGGAGCUGGGGAGCUCGGAGUCCAGCCUCCAGGACCUUACGGAGGGCAGCGGCCACUGCCCGGUGCAUCUGUUUAAGGACCACGUGGACAGCGACAAGGACAAACUGAAAGAGUUCGGCACGGGGAGGGCUGCGGAAGGCAUCUACGAGUGCAAGGACAAGCGCGAGGACGUCAAGUCCGAGGACGAGGACGGGCAGACCAAGCUCAAGCAGAGGCGCAGCCGCACCAACUUCACGCUGGAGCAGCUCAACGAGCUGGAGAGGCUGUUCGACGAGACCCACUACCCCGACGCCUUCAUGCGCGAGGAGCUCAGCCAGCGCCUGGGGCUCUCGGAGGCGCGCGUGCAGGUUUGGUUCCAGAACCGGAGAGCUAAGUGCCGGAAGCAAGAGAACCAGAUGCAUAAAGGCGUUAUCCUGGGCACCGCCAGCCACCUGGACGCCUGCAGGGUGGCCCCCUACGUGAACAUGGGCGCCCUCCGAAUGCCUUUCCAACAGGUUCAGGCACAGCUCCAGCUGGAAGGCGUCGCGCACGCGCACCCGCACCUGCACCCGCACCUGGCCGCGCACGCGCCCUACCUGAUGUUCCCGCCGCCGCCCUUCGGGCUGCCCAUCGCGUCCCUGGCCGAGUCGGCCUCCGCCGCCGCCGUCGUGGCCGCCGCCGCCAAAAGCAACAGCAAAAACUCCAGCAUCGCCGACCUGCGGCUCAAGGCGCGGAAGCACGCCGAGGCCCUGGGGCUCUGA